AUGGAGACUUACGUUGAUGCGAUUGGUGUGGACACGGAAGCUACAACAACGAUGGGUAAGCAUAACAAAAAGAAGUUGAAGGUUAUGGUUGCGAUGGAUGAAAGCAAGAAUAGCUUCUAUGCGUUGGAAUGGGCAGUGGAACAUCUCAGAGAUGUUAUUAGCGCAGAACCGGAAACCGAUCAAGCAGGUGGUUUACUGACGUUGGUUCAUGUCCAUCCAACUUACCUUCAAUAUAUCUACCCUUCUGGUGGAACUGCUUCGGCGGUGUAUGCGACAGAUUCAGUUCCAGAAUCAAUGAAGAAAGCACGAGAAGAGAGCACGAUCAAGUUGUUCACACGGUCACUGGAGAUAUGUCGUGGCAAAAUGGUGCGUGAUAUGUAA